UGGUUGGGACGACGAAAAACCCCAACCGACUAUGAAGGAGACCAAGCAACCAUAGCAGCUUCGUUUCUGUAGAAACUAUGGCUGUCGAAGCUGAUGCAUCAGGAGGCUUAGAUGAAGUUCAUAGCGACGUUCUAGCGGAAUCAAGACAAGCUUGCUACAAGGCUCGCGAUGCUUUUUACGCUUGUGUGGAGAAGGAAUCUGACAAAAAGCCCACUGAAAUUGCUUCUGUUGGCCUUAUCUACCCUGCCGAGUGUAAAGCUUUGAGAGCCUAUUUUGUCAAACUUUGCAGAGCUUCUUGGGUGAAGCAUUUUGAUAGGAAGUUUUGUCAGAACAGUAGGGUUCAAAGACUUCUAGAUGACAAAGAUUCGAGGAGAGGUCCCUUGAUACUUCCGCAGCCUUACACUUUUAAGCCCACUAAUUAAACUAAACACAGGCCCCCCGGAACAGCUUUGGGCGGUCAGAGUCCUAUCACUAUCGUUAUUUUGUUUUUUUUUUUCCUUUUCUUUUCUGUUCUAUUGCCUCUUUUUCUUUUACUCUGUAUAGAGAUGACUGUGGAAAUAGAUUUAGUAAUAAUGUCAAUCUUCUUACCAACUUACAAAACCUUAUUCCUUCCCUUUUCAUACAUAUAAUUUUAAGUUAUGGUAGUUUUAACUUCUUACA